CACGCCUUAUAUAACCAUUUAAUUGGUUUUAUAUUACCUGAUCUAUAUUUAGUCUUUGUAAGUUAGAGAGUUUAUAGGUUAAAUAUGUGAAAUUCAAACUUUCGUUUUGGAAUGUGCAUGAAGUAUAGAAAUAGUUGGGCUUCUGAAAAUGGAAUUGAGCAUCAUUAAGGGACCUAAGUUAGUAGUGGCUCUGGACAUUGGCAGUACCUAUUCAGGUUAUGCUUGGCAAGAGAGAUCAGAAUUUGAAACUAAUAGAAGUGAGAUUCACUUCAAUACAAACUGGGGGGCAGGUGCUUUGCAACUGCACAAAACUACAACAUGUAUCCUCCUAGAAUGUCAACAGAAUGAGGACAAAACUCUAUACCUAAGAGAAGGGCAAAGACAAGAAGAUACCAUUUCCUUUCCUUAUGGACUUGUGCGAAAUAGCAACGACGAAAUAAAAAUAAAAAUUGGACAUGAAGCUGAGAGAGCUUAUAGCGUACGGGCUGAAAGGCAACAAGAUACCCACGAACUUGCUGGCCACUGCUAUUUCUUCAACAGAUUUAAAUUACAGCUGUACAAUACGGGUUUUCACAGAGAGCAGUUAGUAGAAGACCAGAUAGGACAACAAUUACCUUUAUUUGAUGUUAUGUCAUUCUUCAUCAAAGCUUUGAAAGAUCAUUGUUUGAAGAAGCUGGAGACAAACGGCUUAAACGUUGAACUAAGCAAGACCCUGUUUGUAGUCACUGUUCCAGCAAUAUGGUCUGAUGAAGCAAAGAAAUUUAUGAGGGACGCAACAGUAGAGGCAGGUAUUGGUAAAAAGAAUGUUUUAUUGGCACUAGAACCUGAAGCUGCAGCCAUUAAUUGUUUACAUCUUCCCGAAGACCAAAGAAAAGAAAUGAAUGACCUUGGGAUGAAAGGACAGAAGUUUCUUGUUGCAGACUUGGGUGGUGGAACGGCGGACUUAUCUGCAGUUGAAGUAGAGGAAAAUGGGCUUCUUAAAGAAAUAUGUCAACCUUUAGGUGAUCCGGUAGGGGGUCAGAGGAUAAAUGACGCCUUUCUGCAGGUUUGUCAUGAUAACUUUAAGGGAGAUGGAUGGAAAGAGACUUUCAGUAAAGUCACUCCACUUGAAAUGUUAAAAAUGGAAGCAGACUUCGAACGAAAAAAGGUGACGAUUGGUGCAGAAGAUCCAGAAGGACAGAUGAUUGAACUGGAAGUGCCACCACUGGUCCGUGAUAAAUUGGAGGAUAAAACGAUCCUAUUGAAGGAGAAUAAUUAUCUUAAAUUUGAAGACAGAGAGUUAGUAUUUGAUUCAUCGCUUAUUCGUGACAAGCUGUUUAAGGAAACCUGCAACGUGAUAUAUACAACAAUUGGAAAGGUACUUAACAAUGUUAAAGCAAAGGGACUGGAAACAGUUGUCUUGGUUGGUGGUUUCGCCGAGUCGCCAAUAGUUGUCGGAAACAUCCGGCAAAUGAUAGCAAAAGACUUUCCAGAUGUAAAGGUUGUGGUACCGUCUUCACCUUUUAAAGCUGUUUUAAAAGGAGCUGUACUUUUUGGGCAAGAUCCUAUGAUAUUCAGAAGCAGGAUUAGUAGAGACACUUUCGGAAUACAAACGAAUAGAGUGUUUGAUGCAAAGAUUCAUGACGAGACGAAAAAGUGGAAAAAUGAAAAGGACAGGACAUACUACUGUAAAAAUAUAUUUGUUGUGCAUGUACGCAAAGGUCAGUCUGUAGUUCUUGGCAGUAAGCAACCGAUCGAGAUAUAUCAGCCAAUGAACAAAGAUCAAACCGAGCUCACCCUUCCUAUAUAUACGUCUUCUUCUCCAAAUCCAAAAUACACUGAUGAGAAAGGCUGUAAAGAGAUUGGAAAAAUUAAAAUUGAUAUGCGAGAUACAAAGGGUGGUACAGACAGAAAAGUUGAAGUGACGAUGAUCUAUGGUGGUACAGAAUUGUCCAUCAUUGCAAAAGACAAGGCAUCAGGAAAAGAAUAUAAUGCAGACAUCAAUUUCAAUCACAUGUAAUUUGCACUAUAUAAAAAGUCCUAAGGAAUUAUUAAACGCUGGUCAUAACGUUACCUUUAUACCUCUGCAGGAAGUCGUUGGUUGAAAAUCAACGGUAGAAUCGACUCUCAAUGAAAAAGCUAAUAGCCUUUUUGAUGUUACUUAAAGGGAAUUCCUAUAGUUUUUUGUGCGCAUCUUUCUGCGCAGCCGACACUUUGUAUGGAAAACUGAACUGAAGUCAACAUUUGUUGAGACAUGUUACAGACAGUCUUAAAUAUGAUGAAUCUUGAAUGAAAUAACAUUUUUGAUAAGUUUUAUCAGUAAUCAAAUGUUGAUACUGGUUUAUGUUGUAUUGACAAGUAUCAUGCCUGACAGGUAUCUUGCUAUUUUUGUGGCUGUGUUUUCACAUCGCAUUUUAGUACAAAGACAGUGUUGUUCAUAUAAUGUAAGAUAAUUGACUUAGUACUGAUAAGACAAUAUCACCUUUCAGAUUAUUUAGUAUUCAAUUAUAGAAAGAAUUAAGAAUUUUUAAAACUUUUUUUAACUUUUAGCAACAUACAUAUAAUCAGUUUGGCCAGGUUCGCGCCAUUUCCGUCCGAACAGGUGUUGUAUUCUAGCGGCCUUAACAUAAAAUUUAGCCUGGUGACCCAUACAUUUUAGCCAUUUUUAUGCUCACAGUACAAUUAUCUAUACACAAGAAAAACACGAAAAAAUUCUAUGAAAGAUUUUUUUCAAAAUUUAAAAAAAUAUUCUUCAUUAUGGGUAUUUUUCAUUGAAAAAAGUUCACAAAAGUAAAUAUGAAACAACAUUUCUUUUUCAUUUGUACCCAUUAUUGUAAGGAUAGAGUAUUACAAAUAUGACUAUGAUAUCAAAUAAGUAUAUUAUAAAAUCUGUAAAAAGAAAAAAAAACCGUAUUGUGCUGUCUUGAUGUAUAUUUUGGUUGGUAUUUAUAAAAAAGCAGAAAAUUUGAAAAUGUUGAAAAAUCGCUGGCAGUUUCAGCAACAGUGGGUGUGUUCAAAACUAUUUUUCACAAAAACAAGCCUGGUGACCUAUUGUCUUUAUUUGUUCAUUGUUUUCAGCACAAAUUUUCCUAUCAUAUAUGUGAAUUAAAAAAAAAUCUAUGAAAGGAAAAAAACUAUAGGAAUUCUCUUUAAAGUCAAGGUCAUAUGUUGGUCGUUUACAUGUUAAAAGCAAGGAAUGUCUUCUCGAAAUUUAGCAUCCUGUUUCUUGCACUUUCUUCCAAAAUUUGAAUGACUUGGUCUCUUGUGGAGGAGUCGUCAUUUUGCAACCGCUGAACACUUUAUAUCAGCACAGGAAGUAACAAUAUUCCUUUUGUUUUUUAAACAAUGUUAAGUACAUAUGUAACAAAAUUAUGUCAUAAUUUGAAUAAAAGUGGGUUAAAGUGUUUAUAGGUGUUGAGGUACUAGUACAUAUUAUAGAUACAAUAGAAAUAAGAACUUUAAUGAUAUCUGAAUUGUUAAACAUUUAUACGUUCGUUGGAUAUAUGUAUAUUUAUGUAUAUUAACAGCAUUAUAUUUGUUAACAAUAUAUAUAUAUGUAUGAGAAAGUCAA